AUGGAGGAGGAGAUUCGCAGCCUCCUCAACAUGGGAACGUGGGAGUUGGUCGAACGUCCGCCGAGAGUGAACGUCAUGAAGAACCGGUGGGUGUUGACGACGAAGUACCACGUCGACGACACCGUCGAGCGCGAAAAGGCGAGGCUGGUUGUGAAGGGCUUCACGCAGGUGUACGGCGCCGACUACGAUGAGACGUUCGCGCCGGUGGGCAGCUACGUCACGCUGAGGAUCUUCCUCAGCAUCGUCGCCGUCCGCAACCUCAACCUGAUGCAACUCGACAUGAAGAACGCCUUCUUGCAGAGCAAGCUCGACAGGGUGCUCUACAUGUCCCAGCCGGACUACUUCAACGACGGGACCGGCCGGGUGUGCAAGCUGCUGAAGAGCCUGUACGGGCUAAAGCAGUCGCCGCUGCUAUGGUACUUGGCGCUCAAUGACGUGCUGGUCGGCGCCGGGUGGAAGAAGAGCCAAGUCGACGAGGCUCUCUACUUCAAGGACGGAAAGGACGGAGUGGCCUGCUGGGUGCUGGUCUACGUUGACGACCUACUUGCCGCCAGCAGUAGCGCCGCGAUGUUGAAGGAGCUGAAGGAGCUUCUGGAAGCCGCCUUUGAGCUGCGUGAGAUCUCGCCGGUGCAGAAGUACCUCGGGCUGGAGAUCGUCCGCGACAGGUCGGCGGGGAAGCUGUGGCUGCACCAGCAGGGCUACGCCGACAAGCUUUGUAGGCGCUUCAUCGACGAGGAGCAGACCGGGCGCACCCCGAAGACGCCGGUCUCGGUCGAUGCCUACGCCGAGCUCACGUUCGAUGACGAGGAGGCACAGGAGCGGCAGGAAGAGGAGUACCGGCAGAAGGUCGGCUCGCUGCAGUUCGCGGCGACGACGACGAGGCCGAACAUCGCCUUCGCCUGCAGCAAGCUGGGGAGCGGCCUCACGGUGAGGAGCGACCAGCACUGGCGCGAGGUCGACCGCUGCCUCGCCUACCUCGCCAAUACGCGCGACACCGCACUGGAGUUCGGCGGUGGACCUGAGUCGCUGGAGCUGGUCGGCUACGUGGACGCCGACGACGCCGCGCAUCAAGUGUGCGACGUUGUCAUCGACUGA